CAUCUGAUGGGUUGCCUUGGAUGAAGAAUGAAUGGUCUUUUGUACACACUGACAAGUGCAUGUACUUUAAUCACCAAAGACUAACAAGUAUUUAUAUAAUGAAAUCCUUUCUGAAGAUUAUUUCAAUGUAAUCAGGAUUAAAAGGAAAUAAAACUUUCAUCCUUAUCAUCUUUGAGUGAAGACACUUGAGUUUUAAUAACUUACUCAGAAAAUACACAGAAGGAAACAGUAGCACCAAGCAAGCCUGCAGUCCUGUGGACUUCCUUAAUAACAACCUGUAUUCAAGAGACCAUAAUCUGCUCAGCAGCCAGCCUUCUCUCAAGGGUCAUAAUCAGAGGCUGAGAAAACGCACUGGAAAUAAACACUAUGCCACUAAAACCAAGACAAUGCGGGUAUUAGCAGCUAUACAAAAGUCAGCCUUUGUCGGGUGAGUCACUUCUAAAAUGAUGAAAGGAUAAGUCUUUGAAGUGUUUUCUAUUCAAGCUGGAAAAUAUAUAAAGGGAAUCACAUAGCAAGCAAGCUGACUGCAAAAUUUUUCUUCAAUUUAUAAAUACUUGUUCAGUUUUACACAAAUAUUGAGCUACGAAUGGCAAAGAUGAGUCUCUCUUCCUACACAUUAAUACUAAUUUUUUCUUUGUUUUCUCAAGGUAUUCUACUUUCAGCUUCCAAGUCCAUAAAGAAUUUGGAAGAUGACAUGGUAUUUAAUACAUUUAGGAUGGGGAAGACCUUUCAGAAGGAAGAUACUGCUGAAAGAUCGGUUGUCGCUCCUUCUCUGGAUCAAUACAAAAAUGAUGAGAGUGGUUUCGUGAAUGAUGAGGACAACAAAAAUUCAAAGAACACAGGCUCCAACCAUAAUUUCAUGAACCAUGGUCUGCCACUGAACCUGGCUCUAAAGCCUUAUCUUGCACUGAAAGGAGCUGUAGCUCUUCCGGCUGAAAAUGGAGUGCAGAAUACUGAAUCAACACAAGAAAAGAGAGAAAUUGGGGAUGAAGAAAACUCAGCUAAAUUUCCAAUAGGAAGGAGAGAUUUUGACAGUGAGUAAUCUUU